UCGUUCUCUCUCUCUACAAAUAAAAGCGAUAAGAAUCUGAAACGCGUCGUCCGAUACGACACGGUACGAUAGCAUAGGAGAAGACAAACCUGUUCAGAUGCCGACGGCAGCUUGCCCAGCUCCACCGGCGGAUAAAGCUCCGUUGGCUUCAACGAUGGCCAUCCCGGCAACUCAGAUUCCUCCGUCGGAGACGUUCGCAAGAGAUGCCAUUAUUGCAUGGUUCAGGGGAGAAUUCGCGGCGGCCAACGCCAUCAUUGACGCUCUCUGUAACCACCUGACUCAGCUUGAUGGAUUCGAUGGUCAUGGAGCUGAGUACGACUCGGUGUUUGCUGCGAUCCAUAGGAGGCGAUUGAAUUGGAUCCCGAUCCUUCAGAUGCAGAAAUACUUCUCUAUAGCAGACGUAGCUUUGGAGCUUAAGAAAGUUGCGGCCAAGAAAAUGAUGAAAGAGGGAGGAGAGAGUAAGAAAUUUGAGGAAGUAAAGGUUUUUUACCAUAAAAAGGAAGACACGAUCAAAGAUGCCAACAACGGUAGUGUUCCGGUCGUGAAUGGAGAUUCCGGCGAGGAGAAGGAGAGUGAAGCUGAAGGUGAAGGAGUUGAUGAGGUCGUGGAAGAAGCUUCCAUUGACGAUCAAUUGGAUCGUAAAGCUAAUGAUGAAACAGAAGAGCAGCUCCCUGAGGAAAGCUUACAAAUUUGCUCCAACCAUGAAGACUGUGAAAAUCGCAGAACCCAGAUUAAGAUAACCAAAGGAUUUGUCGCCAAGGAGCUCGUUAAGGGACAUAUGGUCAAUGUGGUGAAAGGUCUGAAACUGUUCGAGGAUAUCUUCACUGAGUCUGAGCUCUCCAAGCUCAAUUCCUUAGUAAAUCAACUCCUCCUCGCUGGUCGAAAUGGGGAACUUUCAGGAGAGACGUUUAUUUUAUUUAACAAGCAAUUGAAGGGGAACGAGAGAGAGCUAAUUCAGCUAGGGGUUCCAAUUUUCGGACAGAUUAAAGAUGAAACAAAUAGCAAAUCUCAAAGGAGUAAUAUUGAACCAAUUCCACCAGUUCUCCAAGCUGUUAUUGACCACUUGGUUCAGUGGCAUCUGAUACCAGAGAGUAGAAAACCCAACAGCUGCAUUAUUAACUACUUUGCUGAGGGGGAAUACUCGCAACCUUAUCUGAAACCGCCGCAUUUGGAUCAACCCACAUCCACACUUCUUCUUUCCGAAUCCAACAUGGCUUUUGGACGGGUUCUCAUGAGUGAUCACAAAGGCAAUUUUAAGGGUUCACUCAUGCUUUCAAUUAAAGAAGGGUCACUCCUUGUCAUGCGAGGAAAAAGUGCUGAUAUGGCAAGACACGUCAUAUGUGCAUCUUCAAACAAGAGGGUGAGCAUCACAUUCUCCAAGGUGCGGCUUGACACCAACAACCAAAUGAGGCCACCAACCACCCCUUCUCUGACCAGGGCCAUGACAGUGUGGCAGCCAGGAGUUCCACAGCCUUUUACAAUGUCAAAUGGCACAUUCAACGAAGCCAUGGAAAUGGUCCCAAAAUGGGGGGUCCUCCGUGCCCCACUGGUCAUGUUGACCCCGGUGCCGCCCAUGGUCAUAAACCCCAGGAGGAUCCCUCGUGGUGGGACCGGAGUGUUCUUGCCGUGGACAGUAGGGUCCAAGAAACCACCAAGGCAUCUUCCACCACGGGCUCAAAAGGGAAGGCUUCUUGCAUUACCUUCCCCUGUAGAAACACUAGCAGCAGGGGAGCCCAUAGCUGAUUCAGGUGCCAGGGAGUGUUCACUUUAGCUUCUCUACCUUUGGUUAUUCUCUUUUUUUCGGGUUUUCGGCACCUCACACAGUCAAGAAAAGUAGUUUGGAACUUUGAUUACCGGAUGAUGUCAAGGCCAAAUCUGUACAAAAUUGGCGAAGUAUUACCCUGUCCUCCCUUAACUGUGGCGAGGAGCUUUGUAUGUCAUAGAGGGAGGGUUUGUGGGAGGGCACCUUUUAUCUUUGGCCUUCUGUUUGUUGGAUUGAAAUGGGGCUGUGUAGGUACAUUGAUAGGGGAUCUGUAGGCUUUUGAUCUUGUUUUGGGCCUCUCUCAUUUUAGGAAGAUUAGAGAUGAUUUAGUGUUAGUUCAUGAAGGAUUAUCAGGGAGAAGAGUGUUUUGUGAAUUAACCCUGAGUGGGAUUUUUGUAUUAAAUUAUGUUCUUUUGGGCCUUUUCUUUUCUUCCAACUACAAAGGUGGAGUUUUAUCUUA